AUGAAGCUCCUUGAAGCCAUCGCUUGCGCUUCGGCGCUGAUGCAACCCGCAGUCGCAGACUGGCAGUUCAAGUCCCGAACUGAUCUGGCUCCGCCCCGUCUGAACAUCACCAUCCCGGCCACCAAGGACGUCGAGCAAGGCUACCUCUUUGUAGCCCCGUUCCCAGGCCAGUGGGCAGAGCCCCAAUUCCAUGGUCCCCGCCAGGAAGCCCCGUACAUUGUGCGGGAUGAUGGCGAGCUUGUCUGGUCUGGAUAUACGUACUUCUCCAUCUGGGCUGCCAACUUCCAGAAGGCCCGAUGGAAUGGACAGGACGUGUUGUUCAGCUUCGAGGGUGAUCAUAAUCCGGCCUAUGGCCAUGGUCAUGGUCAUGCGACUAUCUUGAACCAGCAGUAUGAGACUAUUCGGGAGCUGCGGGCUGGUAAUCACAAGCUCAUGGACAAGCAUGAGUUCCAUGUCGUGGAUGAGAAGACUGCGCUGCUUCAGGUCUAUCAGCCUGUCCCCAAGGAUCUCUCUCGCUUUGGCGGCAGUGCUGAGCAGCAGUGGAUUGUGGACGCCAUCUUCCAAGAGCUGGAUAUCCAAACUGGGGAGCUGCUGUUUGAGUGGUCCAGUCUGGAACACGUUUCGCCCGAUGAGGCGGUUCUCCCUCUCAAUCCCGGCCAAGCGGGUGCGGGCUAUAACUCGUCAGACGCAUGGGACUACUUCCACAUCAACUCAGUCGACAAGGAUGCCUCGGGCAACUAUCUGAUCUCCGCGCGUGAUGCAUGUGCAGUGCACAAGAUCAACGGGACAACCGGUGAGAUCAUCUGGCGUCUUGGUGGUGUUCGAUCCGACUUUGAGCUUGGUCCCAACGUGAAGUUCUGCUUCCAACACCACGCCCGUUUCGUCCAGCAAAGCGAUACCGAAGAAAUCAUCUCCCUAUUCGACAACUCUGCGCAUGGAACCGAGAAUCACCGAGGAAAGGAAGUCCACACCCACCCCUUCUCCCAAGGCAAGAUCAUCUCCCUCAACACAGCCACCUGGACCGCGGAAAUUGUCCAAGCCUUCCAACCCCCAGAUGGCCUCCUAGCCAAAUCCCAAGGCAGCACCCAGCUUCUUCCAAACGGCAACACACUCGUGAACUGGGGCUCCGAAGGCGCCGUGACCGAGUUCCGCGCAGAUGGCACCCCAAUCUUUCACGCCUACAUGGACUCAGGACUGCUAGGCGAGGGCGUCCAGAACUACCGCGCCUUCCGGUACAACUGGACCGGUCUCCCAACUGAAGACCCGGCAAUCGUCGCCGAGAAGACCUCCACCGGCACAACUGUAUAUGUUUCCUGGAAUGGGGACACAGAAACCGCCAUCUGGCGAUUUUAUGCGAUCACGGAUCGAUUCGGGUCGCGCGCGUUCUUGGGCGAGACUGCGCGUGAUGGGUUUGAGACUUCGUUUUCGUGGGAUGGUCACUCUUAUCACAGUCUGGCGGCGGAGGCUGUGUCGGCUACCGGACGUGUUUUGAGGACUACUCGUGCUGCUCGUGUUCAGAGUGCGGUGCUUCCUCCGUAUGAAGAGAGUGGCAGCUUCGGUCGUGGCUCGGAACAAGCCAUUCUGCGGGGUUGA